AUGGGAUUUUUAAGUCAUAAAAGGAGGGAUGUUGUGAUCCAGCCAACCGAGAAGUGGGACUUUAUUAGCUUGAACGAUUUCAAGUCGACCUCAUGUUGGACGCCCUUCGCCUAUGGAAUCCUUAUUGCUUCCAUGUUCCUGUCGUUGUCUGUGUACGCUGUCGAUGGUUUCACAGCGUACCAACUCAUUGCGUUCGACAGAUGGUCUUCCCAAAUCGAACCGGCUCAGUUCAUCCCAUUCCAAGUCACGAAAUGGGUAUUCGCCGGCUGCAUCAUCCUCUCCGUGGCCAAUCUCUGCUACGAGCACCUUCGCGCCAACCGAAUUAUGCGAAGAGGAAGUGUUGCUGAGUGUUUCCUCGAUCAUAUUGCUCAGCGCAUGGAGUGCCUUCGACCAACUAGCGGUUGGAGGAGGUUUCUCGUUUUCGCCGAACUAACCAAGAGCAAAAAGGGCGUCGACUACGUCGCCCUCUUCACUUUCUUCAGCUUCCAGUCAUGGAUUCGAGUGCUCCUCUGCUCCGGGCCUCGUCAGGUUCUCAACGCUCUUACGCUCUAUUCUAUUUUCAGGGCGAAGCUCAACAUCAAGGGAGACAACUUUGAUGCUUCACUCGCUGAUUUCAUCGACAAGAUCCAGGCUCUUGCGACGGAAGACACGAGGCAAUCUGUCAUUCUCUGUGGUAUGAUCUUCACUGUGGUCGUUUGGAUCUUCUCGUUUCUUUCGUUGGUAAUCUCAGGGGUACUUUUCGUGCUGUUCUUGUGGAGUUACAUCCCCCGCGAAGAUGGAGGUUUGACGGGUUUCUGCGAGCGCAAGGUCAACAAGCGUCUCAAGCAGAUUGUCUCGGUCAAGAUCAACAAGGCGAUGGAGGAAGACGAGAGACAACGGAAAAAGGCGGAACUCAGGGCGGCCAAGAAGAACGGGGAGAACAGACCAGUCACCAUGAAGCCAUCUCUGCCCGUUUUCGCCGACGAUAAUCUGGCUGAGAUGCCGAGUCUGAAGAGAGCCGAGACCUUCAUGUCUAUUUCCGAGAAGACCGACCGUCCGAAUACUCCUGGCAGCUUUGAGAUGAAUACUCUUGGGCAAAAGCGACCAGUUCCAUCUCGGUCUGGAACUACGGCGACGUCGGUCAGCAAAUACUCGGCCAGAGCAUCUCUUCUCGGUGGGGCUGCCGCCAUGGGUGUUAGCCGUUCAGAUUCACCAGGACCGGCGAUGCCAGCCGGAUUCCCUCCCCCUCCCAGGACUGCGACUGCUCAAUCCAACCGAAGUUACGCAUCAAGCCAGCAACUCAACAGGAUGCCUUCGAACGGUUCGAAUCUCAACGCGGGCUACACUGCUGGCCAGGCAAUGUAUUCUCAAGAUGCUAUGCCCAGCAUGCCGCCCCCGGUUAGGCCACCAAUGAAUGAAAUGAGCAACUACAGAGGUCCAGGGCCAAAUCAGCAGCAAAAUAGAUGGCCUGGACCCAAUCAAGGAAGACCAGGAUAUGACGACUACUCGAAAGGACGGGCCAGUCCUGCCCCAUCCACCAUGUCGUAUCGCAAUGGCCCAACGUCGCCCCCGAGAAUGGGACCAGGAGGAUAUCCAAUGCGCAGCGCCACCGGCCCAAUGCCACCUCGGGGACAGCAACCACCAUUCCCACCCCAGAGGAAUAUGACUGCUCCCAUUCAGCCUUUUCACCAACGGGCCGAUAGCAACGGUUCGGGCGUGUCUAUGGGUAUGGGUGGGCCUCCUCGUCAGCCAUAUCAUCACCAGAGUGCUAGCAACAGUUCGCUGAGAAAUAUGACCAUGCCGGGCGCCUACCAACCGCAAGAGGUCGAUGAGUACCGACAACCGACGCUGCCAAAUCUCGCUGGAUUUGGCGGGCCCCUCCAACCACAACAGAACGAGGAUUACAGGCAACCGACUCUGCCAAACAUCGAGGCACCACAACAAGACAAUGAUUACCGGCAACCGACUUUGCCAAACCUCGACGGUGUUGCGCCAAAUUCUUCACAGAGCCAUGACGAAUACCAGUAUACGAGUCGAUCACUCACAGGGAGCAACAAAACGCCAGCCCCGUACCCGGCAGAAGACGAUGCGAUGAAGUAUGAUGGUCCAUCAAAUCCUGGGAGGAGCGAUUCACCUGGCCCAUUCCAGGCACUGCCUGCGGAAGGCUCUGGGUACCUUGAUAGAUCUAAUACUGGGAGGAGCAACUCGCCCGGACCUUUCCAGGCGCAGCCCAUGGGCGGUUCUGGUCAGCUUGACAGGUCCAACACCGGGACGAGCAACAAUUCCUUUCAGGCGUAUCAGCCUCGGGCCACUGAUGGUUCCAACGAGAACCCCUCGAGAUCUGCCACGAUGUGGAGCGACUCACCUGGCCCAUUCCCCGAGCAAAGCACCAGCCAAUCUCAGUCCAUGGAUCAGCCGGCAACUGUCUCGCACGCCAUAACAACCGAGUUGGCUUCCCCGGUGCCCAUCCAGCCGUCGGCUACUGGCCAGUCUAGUUAUGUAAGCAGGCUGGAUCCUGGGCCAUCAUCUGGGUACGUCAGCAGACUGGAGCCCGACAGAAGUCCGUCACCGGAACUCGACAUUUUUGCGGCCCCGGCUCGGGCAAACACCGUGUCAGGGGCGUUCUCCCUUGAUGACUACGAUUACGAUCGUGGUCCCCAACGGGCCAAUACAACCGUUGGCAACAUGUCCGGCAGCAGUUCUCGGGAUCCUGCCCCUCAUAACAACAACAAUGGCUGGAGCGACGACUUGGAGAGAGGCAACCAGUCAAGAUACUGA